UGAUGCUGCAACUAGAGAGAGUCACUGCAGACAGUUGUAGACCAACCAAAAGCCACACAAACAAGGUUAUGGCAUCCUGUUUCUUUCAAUGGCAGCCACUCCAGUGAUCCGGGCAAAGCUGUCCAAACUGGUGGAUGAGAAAGAUCAGGGUGCUCUUUUUGCCUCUGUUGCCUGCGUGGAAGGUCUCUGCUCACUUGUGGCCACAGGAGUGUUCAACGCUCUCUACCCUGCAAGCCUGCACUUCAUGAAGGGAUUCCCCUUUCUCUUUGGGGCAAUAAUUCUGCUCAUUCCAGCUGCUCUUAUUGGGUGGAUCGAAAUCUUGGACACUACACCCGAAUAUGGUCACUUUACAGAUGCUUCCUGAUUCCCCCAUGCAAGGCUUAACACUGAUUCACCGAAAGAAAAUUAUUUGUGUGGCUGGACAAACCUGUUGGAAAGCUGCUGCUUAUUCUGCUGGGACAAUUUGACCAAUGAGCAUGAGAGAUCUCUAAGGUUCUUGCUUAUUUAAAGUUCCAAGUAGCUGGAAAUCGUGGCUUUAAUCAGCCAGUAAAAACAUGAUCCUGCCAGCAGCAAUAGCUCCUCAGGGUCCUGCUGGUUCGGCCUGUCUGGGAAACCACAAGCGAUGUUAAAAAUAAAGGAGUAGAAAGAGA